UUCAAGAAAUUUAAGUUAAUUAUCCCAUUUAUGUUCAAAAUGGGCAGCUCUCUAGUUCUUUCAUUGGCUAAUUUGUUGAUUAUUUCAACAAUUGUGUCAUUUGGUUCUUUAGUUAUGGUUAAUGGUAUUUUCUCAGAUAAUAUGUACAUUAAUUGGGGUUCUCAUCAUUCUUGGAUGCAAGGAGAUGAUCUUCAACUUGUCCUUGAUCAAUCCUCAGGUUCAGGAGUACAAUCAAAAGGAACAUUUCUAUUUGGAAGUAUAGAAAUGCAAAUUAAAUUGGUACCUGGAAAUUCUGCUGGAACAGUCACUGCAUACUAUUUAUCCUCAACUGGUGACAAGCAUGAUGAAAUUGACUUUGAGUUUCUAGGAAAUGUAUCAGGACAACCAUAUAUUAUACACACAAAUAUAUUUACUCAAGGUGCUGGAGGAAGGGAACAACAAUUUUAUCCAUGGUUUGAUCCAACUGCUGAUUAUCAUAAUUAUACCAUUCAUUGGAACCCUANUUAAUGGAGCGUUGAUCGAGUCAAUUCUUGACUAAUGUUUAUUUAUUCAUGUUGUAGAUGGUACGUUGACGAUAUACCAAUUAGAGUCUAUAAAAACUAUCAGAGUCAAGGUAUUCCCUAUCCGAACGCGCAAGCAAUGGGGGUUUACUCUAGCCUUUGGAAUGCUGAUAGUUGGGCAACUAGAGGUGGUCUUGUCAAAUGUGACUGGACCAAUGCACCAUUUAUAGCCAAGUAUCGAAAUUUCGCCCCACGGGCCUGUAUCUGGAACGGACCCAUUAGCAUUAGUCAAUGUGCAACUCAAACUUCAAGUAACUGGUAUACUGCUCCUGAGUAUAAUCAAUUGAGUUACGCGAAACAAGGUCAAAUGGAAUGGGUUAGGAACAAUUACAUGAUUUAUGAUUAUUGUAAAGAUACAAAGCGAUUUAACGGACAAUUUCCUGGAGAGUGUUUUAAACCUCAAUUUUAACAAAUAAAAUUGAGUCCAAUAUAUAUAUAUAUACACACAAAUGAGAUGUAUUAUUGAUACAUAUAUUCUUGUUUUUUUUCUUGAUAUUUUGUUGUAAUUUAUUUUGUUCUUUUUUCUUUUCUUUGUUUUGUCAAGAUAUUAUACCCCAUUCUUUUGAUAAAAUGUUGUUUCAAUUGUAAUAUUUGUUCAUUGGAAAGUUUAUCAUGUAUA